UUCAUAACUCCGCUGUCUACACAGCAGAAAAAAAAAAUACGCACACAUGACAACAUUCCGACUUACGUGUAUAUUAUUCUACUGACGACGACUAUAUACACGACCACUGCUGCUGCUGACUUUACUGUAUAAUCUGCAACACAGGCUGCACGCAUCAGAGGCGCCUGACACGUAUGCCAUAAGUAGCAUCGCGAAAAUACAAACCUUUAAAUGUCAACCGUCUGACGGACUUGCCCAGUAGUUCGGAGGAGCAUCCCGUAAUCUCGCACCUGAAGAGCGUCUCCGUGUAAAGGUAAAAGGGUCGAAAAGAGAAAGGUACCGAUUUGGCAAGCAUCAUGAGCAGCGUCGCUGAUCAGGCGUGUUACACGCUCAUAAACAUACCCGUGGACGCGGAGCCGCUGAACGAGCUCCAGCUCAAGCAGGACCUCGAGAAGGGCAACGUCGCGGUCAAGACCGAGGCCCUCAAGAAGACCAUUCACAUGAUCAUCAACGGCGAGCGGCUGCCGGGCCUGCUCAUGACCAUCAUCAGGUUCGUCCUGCCGCUGCAGGACCACACCAUCAAGAAGCUGCUGCUCAUCUUCUGGGAGAUCGUGCCCAAAACUACCGCGGAUGGCAAGCUCAUGCAAGAGAUGAUUCUCGUCUGCGACGCCUACAGAAAGGAUCUGCAGCAUCCCAACGAAUUCGUUAGAGGAUCCACGCUCAGGUUCUUGUGUAAAUUGAAAGAGCCAGAACUUUUAGAGCCGCUGAUGCCAGCCAUCAUUAACUGCUUGGAACACAGGCACUCUUAUGUGAGGCGCAAUGCUGUCCUUGCUAUAUUUACCAUAUACAGAAAUUUUGAAUUUUUGAUACCCGAUGCACCAGAGUUAAUAGCAAAAUAUUUGGAAAGCGAACAAGAUAUGUCUUGCAGAAGAAAUGCUUUUCUCAUGCUGCUUCACGCUGAUCAAAGCAAGGCACUGUCUUAUUUGGCCGCUUGUUUAGAUCAAGUACCAACAUUUGGAGAUAUACUACAACUGGUUAUUGUAGAACUUAUCUAUAAGGUGUGUCUAGCCAAUCCAGCUGAGCGGGCUCGCUUUAUCAGAUGUAUUUAUAGUUUGUUAAAUUCGCCAAGUGCUGCUGUACGCUAUGAGGCAGCUGGUACUUUGAUCACCCUUUCAAGUGCUCCAACUGCUAUUAAAGCUGCUGCUUCUUGUUAUAUUGAGUUAGUUGUGAAGGAGAGUGACAACAAUGUAAAACUCAUUGUUUUGGACAGAUUAGUUGCAAUGAAAGAAAAUCCCAAUCAUGAAAAAGUUUUGCAAGAUCUUGUUAUGGAUAUUCUGCGCGUAUUGGGUUCACCAGCAUUAGAAGUGCGAACAAAAACUCUGGCUCUGGCUAUGGAUUUAGUUACAUCAAGAACCAUAGAUGAAAUGGUACAGCUAUUAAAGAAAGAAAUAGUCAGAUCCACUGGUGGAGGCCAAGAAGACGCUAAUAAAUAUAGACAACUUCUUGUUAAAACUUUACAUUCAUGUUCUAUCAAAUUCCCAGAUGUAGCAAGUACAGUUAUUCCAGUUUUAACAGAAUUCCUAUCUGAAAAUAAUGAAGCAGCAUCAAGUGAUGUACUUGUAUUUAUUCGUGAAGUUAUUCAACGAUUUGAUAAUCUGAGGCCAAUCAUAAUUGAAAAAUUACUUGAGGUAUUCUCACAAAUUCGGUCUGUCAAUAUUCAUAGAGGAGCUCUAUGGAUUUUAGGAGAGUAUGCAACAUCAAGAGAUGAUAUAGAGAAUGUUAUGGUGCGUAUUAGAUCUGUUCUUGGUGAUUUACCACUGAUCGAUGCUGAAAAUAAAAGGCACGCUGGAGAGACAACAACAGAAGGAGAUGAAAAUAUGCAAGCUAAUCCAGCACAGUUAGUCACAUCUGAUGGAACAUAUGCUUCUCAAAGUGCAUUCAGUACAGCCUCAUCAGGAAAGAAAGAAGAAAAACGCCCUGCUUUAGUUCAGUACAUGAUGGAUGGAGACUUUUUCAUUUCCGCAGCUCUAUCCACUACAUUAUCAAAAUUAGCCCUACGUUAUAAAGAAUUGGAAAAAGACUCUAAGAAAAGCAAAAAGAUGCAGGUUGAAUCCAUGCUUAUCAUGUCGAGUCUUUUGCAAUUUGGUCGUUCUGGUUUGCCCACCAAAGCCAUUACCCACGACGAUGUGGAAAGAAUUUCCAUCUGUCUCAGAUCAUUGGCUUGCCCAACAACGGUAGUGGAGAAUGUAUUUACGCAUGGCUGUCGGGAUGCUUUAGGCAAAAUGCUUACUGCCAAAGCCGAUGAAGAGACACAAAAUCAGAAGGCUAAGGAAAAGCCCAGUAACGUGGUGCAAGUGGACGAUCCCAUCUCGUUCCUUCAGUUGACCAAGGGCUCCGAGCUGUCCGACGGCACAGGCGAUGUUUUCGAGCAGAGUCUCAGUGCAGCGGUCGCCGGUCGAGCUGGCGGCGAAAAGGAACUCCCGACCCCGAACGCCCUGAGCAAAGUCACGCAGCUCACGGGAUUCUCCGAUCCCGUCUACGCCGAGGCGCUCGUUCACGUCAAUCAAUACGACAUCGUUCUCGACGUGCUCGUCGUCAAUCAAACGGAGGACACCCUGCAAAACUGCACCCUGGAACUGGCGACGAUGGGCGAUCUGAAACUGGUCGAGAGACCUCAACCCAUCGUGCUGGCUCCCAGAGACUUUGCCAGUAUCAAGGCGAACGUCAAGGUUGCGUCGACGGAGAAUGGCGUUAUUUUCGGCAACAUCGUUUACGAUGUUACGGGGGCAGCGUCGGACAGGAGCGUGAUUGUACUAAAUGACAUUCAUAUCGACAUAAUGGACUACAUCGUUCCCGCUACGUGUACGGACACUGAGUUCCGGAAAAUGUGGGCCGAAUUCGAAUGGGAAAACAAAGUGUCCGUCCAUACGAAUAUGUCGGACCUCAGAGCUUAUCUGGCUCAACUGCUCAAGAAUACGAAUAUGCGCUGCCUUACUCCAGAAAAGGCGCUGUCUGGACAAUGCGGCUUCAUGGCGGCGAAUAUGUAUGCCAAAUCGAUCUUCGGCGAGGACGCCCUGGCUAAUUUGUCGAUCGAAAAGCCUCUGAAUAAGCCGGACGACGCCCCGAUCGUUGGCCACAUACGUAUUCGGGCCAAGAGCCAAGGCAUGGCCCUGUCGCUCGGUGACAAAAUCAAUUGUGCACAAAAAAAAUCGACCUACAAACAGAGCAAGGUCGUUCACGCGGGUUAAGAGAGAAAAUCCAUUCAGCUGGUAUUGAUAUAUAUAUAUAUAAAUAAAGUUUAUAAUCAGUAAUUUUUUAUAACGACAAGAGAGAUAAUCUCAAGCAGCCGCCAAUUGUCCAUCGAGGCGGUUAAAUUAUAUAUUUUCAUUUGCAUUUUUAUUAUUGAAAAUAAGAAGUAUUGUGUAAACGUGCGUAUGAAUGUGAAAGUAAUACCUUAUUCGAGUUUUACUUAUUUUAGAAGUAUUUAUAUAUUGCCUUGUUGCAGUUAAAAAUAAAUAUUCUUAGCAAUAAAA